AUCUGCGAUGCCAUCUUCCAACAAAUGGAUGAGACAGACUGCCAGAAGAAAAGAAGAAAAAAUAACGAUGGAUGUUGUAUUUUUUCUGCCGUAUGAUUUAGAUUUUCACCUUUUUGAAUAAUUGGAGGAGCGCAUUGAACAGCGCGCAGCCGAGGAUCGGCUGAAAGCUGCGCCGUAGGUGGAGGAGUGAGUGAAUCAUCGGUGGAAGAGGGCACAGCUGCAUUUCUUUUAUUAAUCAGUGACAUUAAGAAACGGAUAAUGAAUACAGGAAGGACUUUAUGCUUUCUGGAGCUUGUACAUAAUGUGAUUUUUACGCACAGAUCACACGGAUGACGCGCAACUCCAGCCGCGAACGCGCAUCGUGAGGCGCACCUUGUUUUCAGAAGUUUUUUAUUUUUAUUUUUUAUAAUUAUUCUUAUUAUUCCCGGUCUCUGUAUUUCAUCUAUCUUUAAACAGUCCUCGUAUCGGAGGUAGUAGGGACCGGAGCGGUGCUUCAACAUGCCUGAGCCGCUGUGGCAUCAGGGGGCGCUGGCUGGAGCUGCCCGACGCGCCUGAAUCUCUCUGUUUGACUUCAACUGUUUGCUUUAAGGGGUCUGCAUGUGAACAGAAGUCCAUGAUGGCGAAGAAAGGAGACCAAUCGUUCCGCAGUCUGGUGAUCCCGUUCUCGCCCGACGUGCCCUGUGACAGCAGCGGGCAGCGCAUGUGGUGGGCUUUCCUCGCCUCCUCCAUGGUCACUUUCUUUGGGGGGCUCUUCAUUAUCCUCCUGUGGAGGACCCUAAAGUAUCUGUGGACAGUCUGCUGCCACUGUAACGCUAAGAAGAAGGAAGUGCACCGGAUCACCACUGGCGAUGGCAUUAAGCGUACAGACAAAGAGGAUGCUGCGGCGAGCGAGGUGGGCUGGAUGACGUCAGUGAAAGAUUGGGCUGGAGUCAUGAUAUCCGCUCAGACGCUGACAGGAAGAGUCCUGGUAGUGCUCGUCUUCGCUCUCAGCAUUGGAGCCCUUGUAAUAUACUUCAUAGAUUCUGCUGAUCCUAUUGAGGACUGUCAGAACUUCUACAAAGACUUCACCUUGCAGAUCGACAUGGCGUUCAACGUGUUCUUCUUGCUUUAUUUCGGCCUCCGUUUUAUCGCUGCCAGUGACAAGCUGUGGUUCUGGCUGGAAGUUAACUCGGUGGUGGACUUCUUCACAGUUCCUCCCGUCUUUGUGUCGGUGUACCUCAACAGGAGCUGGCUGGGUUUGAGGUUUUUAAGAGCCUUAAGAUUGAUACAGUUCUCAGAAAUUUUACAGUUUUUGAAUAUUCUGAAGACAAGCAACUCCAUUAAGUUGGUGAACUUGUGUUCAAUCUUCAUAAGCACAUGGCUAACUGCAGCAGGCUUCAUCCACUUGGUGGAAAACUCAGGGGAUCCUUGGGAAAACUUCUCAAAUUCUCAAACACUUUCCUAUUGGGAAUGUGUCUACCUUCUAAUGGUUACGAUGUCGACUGUUGGCUAUGGAGACGUUUAUGCAAAAACCACUCUUGGCCGCUUGUUUAUGGUCUUCUUUAUCCUUGGUGGUUUGGCCAUGUUUGCAAGCUACGUCCCUGAAAUCAUAGAGUUAAUAGGAAACCGCAAGAAAUAUGGUGGUUCCUAUAGUGCUGUUAAUGGGAGAAAGCACAUCGUGGUCUGUGGUCACAUAACGCUCGAGAGUGUGUCCAACUUUCUAAAAGACUUCCUACACAAGGACAGGGAUGAUGUCAAUGUAGAAAUUGUUUUUCUCCAUAAUAUUUCCCCUAAUCUUGAGCUGGAAGCCUUGUUUAAACGUCACUUUACCCAAGUAGAGUUUUACCAGGGCUCAGUCCUGAACCCCCAUGACCUGGCCAGAGUCAAGAUUGAAUCAGCUGAUGCCUGCCUGAUUUUAGCGAACAAAUACUGUGCGGACCCAGAUGCUGAAGAUGCAUCCAACAUCAUGAGGGUAAUAUCGAUCAAGAACUAUCAUCCCAAAAUCCGAAUAAUAACACAGAUGUUGCAGUACCACAAUAAGGCGCACCUUUUGAACAUCCCGAGCUGGAACUGGAAGGAGGGGGACGACGCUAUUUGCCUUGCAGAGCUUAAACUGGGCUUCAUUGCCCAGAGCUGCCUGGCUCAAGGCCUCUCCACCAUGCUGGCCAACCUUUUCUCCAUGAGGUCCUUCAUCAAGAUCGAGGAAGACACAUGGCAGAAGUAUUACCUGGAGGGAGUAGCCAAUGAGAUGUACACUGAGUACCUGUCCAGUGCCUUUGUUGGGUUAUCCUUCCCAGUCAUAUGCGAACUCUGCUACGUGAAGCUGAAGCUACUGUUGAUAGCGAUUGAGUACAAGUCUGAUCAAAGGGAAAGCAGCACCUUGAUCAACCCUGGAAACCACGUGAAAAUGGAGGAGGGGACCCUGGGCUUUUUCAUUGCAAGUGAUGCCAAAGAAGUAAAGAGGGCACUGUUUUAUUGCAAGGCUUGUCAUGAUGAUAUAACAGAUCCCAAAAGGAUAAAAAAAUGUGGAUGCAAGAAAUCCAAGACGCCUGCCUACAAGAGAAUGAGACUGGCAUGUUGCUUUGAUCGCGGCCGCUCCAAGUGGCAGCGCUCUUGCAUGCCGGUUAAUGUUCGUAGUAACUUGGACUACCCUCAUCAGGACAUACCACUCUCUGCUCUCUCUGUUAAUGAUUGCUCAGCCACUUUACGUGCCUCUAAAAAUAGCUAUAAUGGAUAUAUCAAAUCAACAGUAAAAAGCAGCCCUGUAAUCCGGCCACCACCUUAUCAAUACAAAUCAGUUAAAGUGAACCAUGUUUCAGCCAGCAUGGUCUGUAGGGCCCCCCACAGAGAUGCUGCUGGUCCCAUCCCGUUGGUAAACAACCGCAAGGGAAGCCUGCUGGCCCUCAGCAAGCCUUCUGCCCUGAAACUGAGCCUUGUGGGCUCUAGAGACCUGGCCCAGGUCGGCCAGCUGCCAGGGGUGGCAGAGGAGACACGUCGACUUCAGCGGGCGCGAAGCCUGCCUGUGAAGUACAGAUACCACCACGGUCACCCCAGUAUCACCACUCACAGUCAGAUGAAGCUCGAGGAGGACCAACAGACAGCUUUAUCACCCAAAAAGAAGCAGCGUAAUGGAGGAAUGAGAAAUUCUCCAAACUCCUCACCUAAGAUUACGAGACACGACCCGCUCCUUAUCCCAGGCAAUGAGCAGGGCGAGACCAUGGAUGAGAACAUAAAAAAAUACGACUCCACGGGGAUGUUUCACUGGUGCCCAUCUAAAGACAUUGAGAAGGUCAUCCUGACUCGCAGCGAAGCAGCUAUGACUGUUCUGAGCGGACAUGUGGUUGUGUGCAUCUUUGGGGAUGUAAAAUCGGCACUGAUUGGUCUCCGAAACUUUGUGAUGCCCCUGAGAGCAAGCAACUUCCACUACCACGAGUUGAAGCACAUCGUGUUUGUGGGAUCCCUUGAAUAUCUGAAACGGGAGUGGGAAACACUACACAACUUCCCAAAAGUGUCCAUCCUGCCGGGCACACCAUUGAGCAGGGCUGAUCUGAGGGCUGUCAACAUCAACCUCUGCGACAUGUGUGUCAUCCUGUCAGCCAAUCAGAACAAUAUUGACGAUGCAUCCCUGCAGGACAAAGAGUGCAUCCUGGCGUCACUUAACAUCAAAUCCAUGCUGUUUGAUGACAGCAUCGGGGUCCUGCAGGCCAAUUCUCAAGGCUUCACGCCUCCUGGGAUGGACCGAUCCUCUCCUGAGAACAGCCCGGUCCACGGAUUAGUGCGGCAGACCUCCGUUACAACUGGAGGAAAUAUUCCUAUCAUAACAGAGCUUGCACCAUUAGCAAAGCAAGGCAAAAAAGUGCCUGUGAUUUCAUUCAGUCAGGAUAAAAGCAGUGGGACCAGCAUACAAAUGAUAACUGAGCUGGUUAAUGACUCAAACGUUCAGUUUCUGGACCAAGACGAUGACGACGAUCCAGACACAGAGUUAUACCUCACUCAGCCUUUUGCAUGUGGGACAGCAUUUGCAGUCAGUGUGCUUGACUCCUUAAUGAGUGCGACAUACUUCAAUGAUAAUAUCCUCACCUUGAUCCGGACGUUGGUAACAGGUGGUGCCACUCCAGAGCUUGAGGGUUUGCUGGCUGAGGAGAAUGCAUUACGUGGUGGCUACAGCACUCCACAGACCCUGGCAAACAGGGACAGGUGUCGCGUGGCACAGCUGGCCCUAUAUGAUGGGCCCUUUGCUGACCUCGGGGAUGGCGGCUGUUAUGGGGACCUGUUCUGUAAAGCCUUGAAAACGUACAAUAUGUUAUGCUUUGGGAUCUAUCGCUUACGAGAUGCACAUCUAAACACACAAAAUCAGUGUACCAAACGGUACGUCAUCACCAAUCCUCCGUACGCAUUUGAGCUUGUGCCCUCGGACCUCAUAUUCUGCCUGAUGCAGUUUGACCAUAAUGCCGGCCAAUCACGGACCAGUCUCUCCCACUCUUCCCACUCCUCGCACUCUUCGAGCAAAAAGAGCUCCUCCGUCCACUCGAUUCAAACCACCAACCGCGCCAACAGAGUCAAAAGCAGGGACUCACGAGACAAACAAAAUGCAACAAGGAUCAAUAGAGCUGGCCAAGAAAAGACACGGUUUACAGAUGAGCCACAGAAUACCCACCUGAGAACCAUACAGAUCACUCUUCUGAAUACUCACACAGUCAACCCUGUUGGUCUCAAUAAAUCCACCAGUAGCUUGAUCCCACCCAUCAGAGAAGCUGAGGAUGAAUGCUGAGCUCCAGACCCCAUCCUGACAUCUGGACAAAUGGACCUCCAGGACGACUUUUUGAUCGGAUGUCAGUGCGGACCUGGAUCUCCUGUAAACACAUACUAUCAAACUAACAACUGCUUUCCUUCCUACAUUGUUGCAGCAAUGUAACAUCUGAGCUUAAUUAAAACCAUUAAGACAAUCCUGAUCCCCACUCAACUUUCCCUUUGCACAGCAGUGAUCAGACUCCAUGACUGUUUUUUUGUUUUUGUUUGCUUGUUUAUUCCUUUUUGAGGAACUGGGAUCACUUGAGGAACCAGAGGUGGAUGAAGGACUAUAGUUUUAAGAAUUGCCUUUAAAGCUGUACAUCAACAACUACUGCUACUGCAUUUGAGUCACCUAGUCUGGUUGACAUAUUCUGUACAGUUUGUAAGUGUGUGUAUUUUGCAUCCAGCUGUAUCCCCCUCACUCAUCCACCACCACAGCCACAUGAGGACUGAUGUUGCACUCCAUUUACAACAGGGGCUGAAACUCUGAAAGGCAAAGAGUAGUGCCCAAAUGUGGGUAAAACUAUGAAUAGGUAAAUGAAUCCAAUCAGCCCAAAGGUAACAGGGACAGCUUUGCAAUUUAAGGUUUUUUUUUUUUUAUUUCAGUUCAGCUACUCUCAGUUGAAAAGAACUGAAUAGUUUUUUAUAUAUUUAGUUUCCUGGUAAAUGGUUGGUAGAAACAUCAAACCUUCUAGUGAGGAGCCAUCUAAUACAUCCAAAAUUUUGUCUAAAAAGAAAGCACUAACAAUGUACCUUCACAUGAGUGGCUAGUUUCUAAUAAGAGAAGCAAGUCAAUGCAACAAGUUCUGACCUUUCACUAUCGGAUGCUUUUGCCUCCAAAAUCCCCACAUAAGCAUUUCUGGUUUGUUAAGGUCUACAAUCAAAGCAUAAGGUUUAAUUAGUAACAAUCAACUACAUAUUCAAACUAAGUAUGAACAGUCGUUUUCCAACUAUAGAUUUACAUAAACAACUACUCUGUGGCCCUUAUGACUUCUUAAUAGAAGCAUUAAGGCAUAGCAGCAUCUUAAGUAAAACUGAAGUCUUGUAAUACACUAAAAUAUUAGACAAACAAGACUGAUCCACAGUGUAAAGUAUGUCUACACAGAGUGUAGAUUACAUCCAUUCACACUUUUUAUACGGUAUCUGUUUUAUCGUCACGUUUCCAUGUAAAUCAUAAAACAUCUAAACGUGCUAUCCUCAAAACUACUUAAAAAACUGACCCACAUAUGGUGUUGGUUGAAACGAAAUUGCUUAUGUACAACUUAAGUUUAAAAUUUAGCUUAAUAAUCAUGCAAACCCAUGUACUAUGGAGUAAAUAUUUUACUUAACUAGGAUUAAAUGAUAAAAUAAGUAAUCAUAAGUAACAUAAAUUGAGCCAUUCACCAGAGCAACAACAUUUUUAUAGGAAGAAACACACAAAAUAAAAUAAGAGAAAAUUGAUGGAAAAAGAUUUUUACUCUGUUUCAACAAGUCUUCCUUGGUGGAAAAUCUCCCUGUAUAAAAAAAAACUUAAGUGUUAAAUACAGUUUUAGCCCCAACUGAUACUUUUGUACAGUAAGUAAUUUAAAUCUCUUUUAAGCUUUUUGUUUUUCAAACAAAGUUUUUAGCAAAAUCACCUAAAUUAGAAUAUACCAACACAGUCCUACUUUAUUUGUGAAUAGACUGAUUACCUGUUGUCGAUAGCAAAUUUGAACCCAAGAUAACAGGAAAUGAAUCAAACUAAG